GUCAUUAUUCAGAGCUCGGCAGGCAAUCUGGCAUUGCGAAUCGCUUCCUGUGGGCCUGACUCCACUCAUCCUCAGCCCAGCGUCCACGCGCUGCGCACACACAUUCACUUACGGUUAACCCGGACUGCGCUUCUUGGAAGCUCUUCCUUUCCCUCUCGCUACCAACAACUUGUCCUCUUGCCCGUCGCAACGAGACACCACCAAACCUCGUCAAGAAGCCAACCUCCCAAGAUGCGCCCCACUGCUUGCCGAUGAUCCCAGCACUCCUCCGAAUCCCGAUCGAUCCAUCACUUUGUGCACGAGCCUGGCAGCCUCACCUGGCCCGUCCUGGACCGCACUGGCGUGAGAAGGGCCUGGCUUCAGAGCCUGCCUAGAGUUUUCCACAUACAACAUUCGAUGCACUCCCGCACAUCCCAUCUCAUCAAGACUCGUCCUACCUUCGAUGCCAGUGGAGCCUAGGGAGACGAUCGACCUGAAUAUCUGCGAAGCUGUCUGCAAUGGCUGAAGGCGUGCCUUCCUCGUCGUCGGGCGCCCCUUCCCAAGGGGAGAACCCGCCGACAGUCAACAUCUCCAUCAUUUCUCCUUCGCUCGCCGUCAAUGCUCCGCUGAAUUUCACCGGCCUUGCCGCCUCCACGACCGUCGGCCAGCUAAAGGAGAAGAUCCGUGAAGCGUUGGAUGCGAGGCCGGCCAACGAGCAGCAACGUUUGAUCCACCAGGGCAAGCUGUUGAAUCGCGAGACAGAGACACUUCUGGACGUCUUUGGUGAGCAAAAGCUUCGCGGCUCGGAUCAGGUGGCCAUCCACCUCGUCAUCCGAGACGUCGACCCUCACCACGCCUCCACCCAAGGAGCUCCUACCCGCGACCAAAGCCCUGCGCCGAACCCCCCUCCCCGCCAAAGCGCCCCUUCUGUUCUCAAUACCGCCGCCGCACCUCAUCACCAUCACCCUGGCCACCACCACCACCACCACCUUCCCCCUAGGUUUGGGGGCCUAGCACCGCAGGCUGGCCAGCCUCAUUCGCCGUUUCCCGCACAUGGACUUGGGAUGCCGGCACCGGGCAGCCAGACAAGCGCACAGCUUGUUGCUCAACAGCAACAAUUGAUGGCACAAUAUUUGAAUCAGCUCAAUCAGCGACCAGUAGGACACCACGGCCAACAAGCACGAGGUGCUACCGGCUUACAGGGCAUGCCCGGGCAUGGACAGGCCAUCAACCCGCAGUUUCCGGGCCUUGGCCAGGGAAGGAACAGCCCUCACCCAGAAUAUCAAGGCUACGUGCGGGAAACGGUCGGGCCGAAUGGUGAAGUUGUCCGCGUCACCAUGAACUCUGCAUUCAUUGCUCCGAACGGACAAGUUUUCCCCGUGAAUCUGCAGAACCUACAACACGGAAACGGCGGUGCUGCCGCACAUACACCCGGUGGCCCAUUGUCCACCAACGACGUGCAAAACAUCAUUCGCAACGCUGAUGCUAGCCAAGCAACAUCUAUACUGACAAACGCUAUGCAUCGCAGCGCGUCCGGCGCUUCUCUCGCGAACUUGAACUUGACUGGCCCGCGGCAGCCGAUCCAAACCCCUGGGGUCACAGUUCCUAGGAGACCUGGGUCUACGGUUCCCCUGAGCAGGACUGCCACUCCCGACCCUCUCAGAAGCUCCAGCCACGGCAGCGUCUCAGCGCCUCCGGCCAACCCUUCACUGAGAAUGCCAAGCACAACCCAGCCUGAGGUGUACAUACUGAGCUCGCCACAAGGGCCACGGGCCUUACUGGUCAACAACCAGUCAGACCUGUACUUCACACCCGCGCCGCGAUACCCGGCACCCCAGGCUAUACCCAACUUUGUGUCUCCGUGGCUCCAGCCGCCAGCGGCUCAACCGCGACCGGCAUUUGCUGUCGACAACACACAGCAAGCUGCCCAACCACAACCGGCCGUCGGUCGCGCUGAACAGCAGGCUCCACAGGCUGGCAAUGUGAGAGUGAACAUCUUUCAAGGAGCGGCCGCUCAACAACCAGCUCAGCAACAGCAAGCCCAGGCGGCGCGGCCCUUUGCGCCAGGUGGCGCACCUGCCGUGCAGUACCACCCGGCCAAUCCAGAGGGUGGGCUGGCAGGGGCACUGCUCGGCGCUGUUUGGCCGCACAUUUGGUUGUUGGUAAGACUGGGCAUCUUUGUGUGGUGGUUCACGUCUUCUGAUACAAGCUGGACGCGCUGGUUUACCAUCAUGGCUAUCGCCACGGCCGUCUUCUUGAUCAACACAGGUGUCCUGGACAGGCGCGCCAACAAUUUGUUUAACCCAAUACGCCGCCAUCUCGACGGGAUCAUCCCGCUUGCCCCUGGUGAAGAUGUGCGGCGAGAAAGAGAGCGCAAUGCGGGCCCACCCAUGGGAGAGGACAAUGGCGCCAGGUUUGAAAUCGCAAGAGACCCGAGACUGGGCGAGCAGCAGGACGGGCCGAAUCCCGCGCAGACUGCCGCACGAUUGAUUGCUCAGAGACAAGAACAGAAUGCCAACUGGUUCGUUGAUCAGUUCCGUCGUCUUGAGCGGGCUGGCUUGCUGUUCCUGGCCAGUAUCGCCCCAGGGGUAGCAGAGCGCCACAUCCAGGCCCUGGUGGCACAGGAGCGGGCGGAAAGGGAGCGUAGGGAGGCCGAGGAGCGCGCCGAGCGGGAGCGCAGAGAGGCCGAGGAGCAGGCAACCACAGAAGCGACAGCAUCUGGCACAGAGGGAGCUGCUUCUUCCGGCGAGACACAGAAUGCAGACUCCUCGGAGUCUGUAGGCGGAGGAAGCGAGCCUCAGCAAGAGCAACAACCGCCUAUGGCCGCCGCAUAGGAUCGAGACGAUGUGUGGUCUCAACCGAAAUUCCCAUUCCAGAGUUGUAUUGUAUUAGUAUUGCUAUUGAAGACGGGUCCGGAAGGAACGCCAAGAUAUCCAGCGCGAUCACAACAGCGCCAACCAUUUGUAGCAAGGAGUUGAAGGGCCAAAACAGACUUGUUCUCGGACUAGUCAGAGCAUACAUAUACUGCGUGCCAUAGAUAAUAUCAAGCAUUCAGGACACCCGA